GACAUAGCUGGGAGGAAAAUGUCCUGUCGGUUGAGGCAACAAACGUUAUUACUGGCAGAAGAUUACAUCGGUUUCUGCAGCGGGAUCCAACAGACGCCUCCCAGUGAGUCAGCAGAGGCCAUGAGAUACCUGGCCAAAGAGAUGGAGCAGCAGCACAGAACCAAAUUCCAAUCUCUCGUCAAGGAAUUACUGGACAACUGUGGAUCAGAUCCCAGCAAGUGUCUGCAGAGCGUGAUGAGGGAAGUGGUGGUAGAUGGGAAACUGAACUGGGGGAGGGUGGUCUCCAUCUUUGCUUUCACUGGAGUGCUGGCCAACGAAUUGAUCUCCAGAGGAGGGAAUUGCGAGUGCUCCCGGAGACUGGCUGAGACCAUAGCGGACUAUCUGGGAGGGGAAAAACAAGACUGGCUGAUUGAAAAUGGAGGCUGGGAGGGCUUCUGCAGGUUUUUCCAAAACGCAAGACUGCUGAACCAAGAGUCGUCAAUGAAGACCGCACUGUUCGCAGCGGCAGGAGUGGGUUUAGCUGGCCUAACCUUUCUCUUAGUACGCUAACAUUUUAGUUGCUCUUCUCUUUCAAACACACACAUACACACACACACGCACACAUCUGCCAUUUUGUUUUCUAUCCAUUUCUGUCAUUUGGCGACGUAAAAACAGCUCUUAAAGAGAAACCGAUCUUCAAGUUCUCAGACAAAGGUUUUUUUGCACAUUUUUCAUAAUCCACACCAGUAAAGGUAGGGACUGGUCAUUCAUACAUGUUGAUUUGUAGAUUCUUAACAUGGCCUUCAGGAAAUAAGAUUGAACUUCUAAUUCUUUGCAUAUCUAAUAUGGUGCUUUUGAUUUUGUAAUUGCUUUUGUCACUUGUUCCUGUGUAAAUCUUGUUAGCUUAAAGAAUGAAACCAGUUUGUAAUGUUUUCUUCAGUCCGAAAACAAUAAGACGCUUCACUGAUCGCAGUCACAAACCAUUGUAGUGCAUUAGUCAAAAUGUGCAUAUGUUUUAUAAUGACAGAGCGAUUCUUGACGGCAUAAGUUUAAUCAAUUUUUGCCUUGACUAUUGGUUUACAUUCUGUCAUUUACACCUUUGCAAUGUCUCUCAGUUUUGUCCUGGAAGUCAUUUGUUUUCAAGGUGCUAGCUUGUUCAACUCCAAGCAUCUGUGAUAUUUUGCCCACUUGUAAGUGACCAGUUUACAUUGUAAAUUUAUUUAUUUACCUCUUUCAGAACAAAUGAUUACUAUUUAGGCAAUUCCCAACAAUUGACAAAACAUUAUAUUUUUGCAUUGUUUAUUUAUUAACUUCUUUCUUAAUAAAAUAAUUUUACUGUGAAGAAAAUGUUUUAUAUCAGAUCUCAUGUAUUUUUGUUAGAAAUUCUUUGGCCUGAAACCAACUCUACACAAGUACAUGAAUGCAAAUGUUUUGCAAGCUUUUUCAGGGCACUUGCACUAGAGUUUGCAAAUCCAUUUAUUUCAAUGGAGAUGGUUCAAGAAAAAUGUAACGAUUAGGAGACU